UGCGGGCGGAAAGGCUGUUUCAUUUAUUUGAGCUAUCAGCGAACUUCACUUUCAAAGUUCAGCCACGUAUAGACAAGACACAACUCCCGACCACCCCCAUUCACUCUACUCUCGACCCUGCCCAAAUUUUUGUUCACUACCCACAAGCUCCUCAAUUAAAGCAGGUUUUCAAUUCUGCUUGAUUCUCCUAUCCGUACUUCAAAUAGGAAAACAUGUACCGCCAGUCCUUCGCUCCACCGCCAGCACAAUCACCUCCGCUUCACCAUCCCGUCCCUCAACAUGUUUCCACCGUUCCCAUGAUGCGCUCUCCUCCUCCUCCAUCAUCUCAGCAGUCCCAGGCGGCCGGUUAUGGGAACCCAUAUCAACCUACUCCCCCGCAAGGCGGCAGUGGGACCUAUGCUCCUGGAUUUGGAGGGUUCAUCAACGAUCCUACGGCGCAAAUGGGAAUUCAGGUCGGUAAGACUGCCAUGAUGGCCGGUCAAGAAUACAUGGAACAGAAUUUCAACCGCUACGUCUCCAUACCCGCCCUAAAACACUACUUCAAUGUCUCCAACUCUUAUGUGUUGAGUAAACUCGCACUUGUUCUCUUCCCUUGGCGACACAAACCCUGGUCUCGUCAGCAAAGUCGUGUCACGGCGGCAGCUACAGGCCCUAAUGGGCAGAUCUCCCAUCAGCAAUACUCAACCAUGUUUCUACCCCCUCGCGAUGACCUGAACUCCCCCGAUAUGUAUAUUCCGGUCAUGGCUUUGGUCACAUAUAUCCUCCUGUCGGCAAUGCUGGCAGGAUUCAGAGGCAACUUCCACCCCGAACUUCUUGGUUCGAUCACGACCACAGCUAUUGCAGUCAUAGUGUUUGAGAUACUUUGUCUAAAGCUGGCCAUGUACAUCCUCAGCAUUAACAAUGAAUCGCAGCUACUGGACCUUGUGGCAUACUCGGGCUAUAAAUUUGUGGGCAUAAUCCUCACACUAGUGACGUCGGAGAUUGUGACCCCGGGAAAAGGAACUGGCGGUUGGAUUGGCUGGGUUGUGUUCAUCUACACAUUCCUAGCUAAUGCGUUCUUCCUGCUCCGUUCUUUGAAAUAUGUCCUCCUUCCGGACUCAAUCAGUGAUGCGCGCACGGGAGCAAUGCACACCGUCGCCCGGUCGCAACGCAACCGUCGCACCCAAUUUUUGUUCAUCUAUGCUUAUGUUAUCCAGUUUGUCUUCAUGUGGGUGUUGAGUCGGGAGGGCCCAACUGCUUCGAACGCAGCUGGCUCAGCGUCGUAAUAGAGCUAUUGGGCCCCACUGGAUUGCAAAUAACGAGAGACGGCCUCACGAAGGAAAAAGUAUGGCAUAAAUCAGUGAGAAAAAACCAAUUCCAAGUGGGGAAAUCUUUUUGCUUAUGGGUGCCAUGUAAGAAGUCAGAUAAAUUCAGCUGUGUAAUUCCAUUGUUUUAGCAUAGGACCUGCUUCGGUUGGGCAGGAUACUCCCCCUUGGAGACUCCGCAUGAUUCUAG